AUGACGACGCCUACGGGUACUGCUGCGCCCGGCGACCACCCGGCGCCACCUUCCCCCUCCCCGCUGUACACGCGGCCAACACAAGCACAGUCAGCUCGCGAACAGACGGUUUCAUAUGCGGAUCUGAUGAAGCCAGACGAGGACUGGCGGAACCUCCCAAACGCGGCCGAUCGACGCAAGAUCCAGAACCGCUUGGCACAGAGAGCAUACAGGCGCAGUUUGAAAGAGCGUAACGAAGAGAUCAAGCGGUUAAGGAAGCAGGUGGAGAAGCUGGAGGAAACACAAGCGCAGGCCGAACUCGCCACCCCUCCCAGGGAUCCCGAUUCCAAUCCUGGCCUGAGUCGCCCGAGUCUUGCUGGCCCGGGGGGUCCGGGAACAACAACAAACCACGACACCGGCGGUCCGGCCACAGGCUCUGUGAUCUCCGAGCCGGACUGGAUGGGCGAUUACCUCGGCAUCUGGCCGCAUACGCCACCACCUGGACCAGACCAUGACCCUUUCGCCGGGCUUUCCCAUGGCCAGGUCAAAGCCUGGGGCUCGGGCUUCCCGAGCAUGGAUUCGGCCACAGAUGGUCUGCUGCAGCCCGUACCAGAACACAGCCUGCGACAGCAUGCAGGCACAUCAACCGGCGAGACAGUCCGUUCGUCUCCGGUUUCAUAUCGCCCUCAACACCACGGCGACGGCGGCAGCAGCAGCAGUACCGGCGAUGGGAAUAACAACACGUUCGCCUAUCCACCCACGCCUAUCGGGCCGGAUGCUAUAUGCCACUCGCGAGGCCACUCCAUGGACGUAGGCGACCCUGCAUCUCCAGCACCUCCAGCAUCUCCCAACUUGGACUCUUUCACCUUGGGCAAUACCACGCCAAGUCUACAUCCAGUCACUCCGAGGCUGCUUCUACGUCGCAACAACGAUGUCUACAGCGACGACGGCAGUUCUGGCAAGGCCUCACUGUUUUCCAACCACCAUCCUCGGCUCCAGAUGGAGACUGGCGCAAGCAACAGCUACAAUGAAGCGGGCCAUCUCGCAUCGGCGUCGUGCCGCCGCAGCCCGACCUCUGCUCCUUCGUGGUGUUGCUGCAUCUCUGGCGGUCACCACGCUGCUGACACCACGUCCGGCUUCUCGGUGCGCGGCAGGUCACAGUCACACGCAGGCAAGGAACAUGAACGCCCGAGGACCUCGAUACAGCCUCUCGACAUGGACUCGCUUUACACGCAAGGGCACGUGGUCCACCGGGGGCUGGUGGUGCAGCCGAGCGAGUGCGGCGACGGCGUAACAAUCAGACUGCAGCCAACAGCUGCGAAUGCUCGCGCCAGUCUGGUUGCCUUCAUGAUUCAGCACGACCCAGCUCCCUUGACUCCCCUUAACGACAAACAGCCUUGCAGGAUGGAUCACGACAGCCACCAUUAA